AUGAACAUGGAUUCCUCUGCCUUUAGUGCUUCUAUUGGUUCUGCCUUACAUGAUCUUGACUUGGUGCUGAACCAAUUGUCUCCUUCUCUUGGCAGAAUUAGAAGGCGUAAGGAGUUCAUAUUUUACUUGCAUAGUCUGAAAAUAUUUGUUCUGAUUUCCUCUAGAAAUUUGGACAACCAGCUCCUUGAGGCGAAGCUGCCAUCGUUCUUGCUAAGGGUUGAAGACACUGUUCACAAGCUUGCACAGCAAUUUCAUCACCCUGAUGCUGAACAACUUACCAAAUUAGAUAAAUCUGUGGCUGAUGAGCUCCUCGAUGAAAUGGAAUCCUUACAUGAAGAAAUAGAUGAAUGGUACUUCACUAUGAGGGAUUCGUUGCUGUCAGAAUUAAGUGAUUCCCUUUUCACCAUUGAUGACAUCUACCAAAUCAUCACUUCCAUUUUGGAGCUUCUUGAGGAAAAUUAUCACAGAAAAGGGACGGAAGCUUUGUUUGAGGAAGUGAAAGUCUUGCAAAGUCUCAUCAGCUUUGUUUUCAAACCCACGCCACAACUGUUGGCUCACGCAAAAAAUGUUGCUAUCCAUACACAUCUUCAUUUUAGGUGUCCUCGAGCACUUGGCAAAUCUUAUGAAGACUUUGGUGAAGAAUCCGAUAAAGACUCUGAUCAAGAAUCUGAACAAGACUCUCAUGAAGACUCUGAUGGAGAAUCUGAUGAAGAAUCUGAAGAAGACUCUGAUGGAGACUCUAAUGCAGAAUCUGAUGAAGAAUCUGAAGAAGACUCUGAUGAAGAUUCUGAUGUCGCAGAACCUCUUGAUGACAAAUGGGUUCAAGAUUCAAUCUUUACAUGGGUGCAAACUAUCAAGUCAAAUGAUCCACUGGUAUGCGAGACUUACAUUCAAGCUCUCAACAGUUCAAAGUGGGCAAGAAAGUCUGUUGAAACCACUCAUCACCAACACAUUGAUGAUGGCGCCUUCAUUGCAACCAAGAAUUUCCUUGAUUCUCUCAUUCAUAAUCUUUGGGAAUUGCUUAGACUUAAUUCUGUUUGCUUGCUUCCAGUCAAGGAUCAAAUGAUGGAGCUUUAUCGCAAAUUUAGAUCCUUGCGAACCAUUCUCAAGCAGCAGCAGCCCACAAACAACAUUAAGGCAGACAUUGUAUCUUUGUUGUACGAUGCCGGUGUCUUAAUUUUCUCAUUGUACCAAACAGAUAAAGAAGUUGAUCUUGGAUGUUUUCAUGAUUUGUUGAAAACAACCAAGACUAUUCUUCUACAACUUGGAGUGGAGGAUCCGCCAGUACCGGAAUUCAACUUCCCUAAAACUAAUCAGUUGGGUUUUGUUGAUUUCGUGUUGGAAAAAUUGGUGGACCUGGGAAGUUGUGAAGCCGAACCAACCGCCAACAGUAUGCAUAUUCAAACUAUCCAUGAAGAACUUUUGUCCUUAAGAUCCUUCUUAGGAGACAUUGUGCAGUUUCGCGAAAAGCACGAGGAGCUUCAAGCUCUUUGGAAUCGUGUUUUAGAGGUGACGUGCAAGGUGGAGUGUCUCAUCGAUCACUUACUGGCUGGUGAUCUUCCGGUUUCUUCUCCAAAUUCAGUUGGUGCUAUCUUGAAAGACGUUAAGGAUGUUAAGCUCAAAAUCGAAGUCAAGAGACCAGAAAUUGAAGACAAAAGACAACAAAACAGACUGAAAGAAGGAACCAGGACUCACACUCUCCUCCCAUCACAAACUACUUCCUCGGGAAGAAACAAUGAGGUUGUAGGUUUUGCUGAUGAUGCAAAACAAAUCAUGGGUCGACUCAAAAGAGGACCAAAGCAGCUGAAAGUCAUUACCAUUGUGGGUAUGCCGGGUCUAGGUAAGACCACUUUAGCCUCAAAAGUUUACAAUGAUGUGUCUAUUUCACUUUAUUUUCAAGUCCGGGCAUGGUGUUCAAUCUCACAAGCAUUGGACAAAAAGAAUGUGUUGGUUCAACUUCUGAAACAGGUCGAUCCCAACUACAAAAGUGAUUCGGAGCUCAACGAACAAGAUUUGGUAGAAAGGCUCUGGCGCAGCUUGAAAGGGAAAAGAUAUCUCCUAUAUUUGGAUGAUAUAUGGGGCAAGGAAGCAUGGAAUAGCUUGGCGGAAGCAUUUCCCGAUGACAAAUGUGGAAGUAGAAUUCUUUUGACAAGUCGUCAUCAGGGCGUUGCUCCUAGUCACAUGCUUGACCAAGAACCUCAUUUUCUUCAGCCGCUCAAUGAAGGAGAGAGUUGGGAAUUAUUCCGGCGGAAGUUAUUCCCAGGUUUGUAUCUUGCACUGCCUGAUCUGGUGAUGAAAUUUGUGGCAUACUGUAAGGGUUUGCCACUGACCAUCAUCAUUGUAGCUGGAAUUCUAAAAAAUACAGAGCCAGAAGACUGGAUGAAAAUUUUGGAAGAUUUAAGCUCAGGCGAUGAAUCUGUUACAAGGCAUUGCAUGGAUUCCUUGGAACUUAGCUACAAAUGUCUGCCAGAUCACCUAAAGCCAUGCCUGCUCUAUUUCGGAGCAUUUCCAGAAGACGCUCAGAUUCCAACGGAGAGGUUGCUUUACCUAUGGGUGGCUGAAGGAUUUAUUAGGAAAGCUGAGGAAGAAGUUGCCGAGGGAAAGAGGGACAAAGAUGUUGCUGCGGAAAAGCGUAUAAUAGAUGUUGCCAAAGACUAUUUGAAUGGUUUGAUUGGCAGAAGCUUGAUUAUGGUCUCCGAUAAAAGAUUAAACGGUGGAGUGAAAAAAUGCCGCAUUCAUGACUUGCUUCUUGAUUAUUGCUUGCAGAAAUCCAAAGAUGAUCAUUUUCUCCAUUUGGUAAAGGGCAAUGAGCUUUUGGGAUUUAACGAGCCCUGUAACCUUAGGAGGUUAAGCAUCCACUCCACUGCAAAGCAUUUCAAACAAUCCAAGUUGUUUUGUCCUCGGGCCCGCUCCCUGCUUUUCCAAGCACCGCCUAGCAGCUCAUAUCAGGCAUCAGGAGAUGCAUCAUUUGUUAUUGGCAUCUUUAAACUUCUAAGAGUGUUGGAUUUGGAGGGAAUUAAUUUGUGGUCUGAGUUUCCAAGUGAAAUAAGCUUGCUGGUUCAGUUGACAUUCCUGGCAAUUCAAGGUGAUUUCACAUCCAUCCCAUCAUGCAUAGCUAAGCUUUCAAAUUUGGAAACUCUUAUUGUGGAUCCAAUGGAGUCGAUUUCAUUGCCAGAUAGUCUGUGGAAUCUACAGAAAUUAAAGUAUCUUCGCAUAAAAGAUGAAGGUGGCAUUGUGCCGAUAGGUAAUCUGGACAACUUGCCCAUUUUGUAUGAGUUGGAUGUGUUUUGUGGUGCAUGUAUUCCUUACGAUUGUAGCUUGGAGAGGCUAAUGACAAAAUUCCCCAACAUCCGUAAGUUGAGAUGCUGGAUUGGCCUCGAUGAAGAUGACGAAUCAGAGUAUCCUCACGCUGCGAUUGUAGUUCCUGACUUCCUGACUCAACUUGAAUCAGCUCAGCUGUCAUGGGAUGCUGAGAAACCCGAGCUUCCAAAAGGGCUCGAGUUGAGUUUCCCUGAAAAUCUUAAAGAAUUGAAGUUGCACGGUUUUGAGUUGUCUGGAGAGAAUAUGUCUACCAUCGGUAAACUCCCAAACCUUCAAGUCCUCAAAUUAUCUGGAACAAAAUUGGAAGAUGAAACAUGGGAAAUGAGAGAAGGGGAAUUCUCUGAACUUAGAGUUUUGAAAUUGGAAGAUAUGGAGCUUGUCAGGUGGAUAGCCGACGAUGAUCAAUUGAAAUGUCUUCAGAAGUUGGUAUUGGAAGGGUGUACAGAUCUGGAAGAGAUGCCUUGUAAUUGUCUGGAGAACAUUCAGGCACUUGAAACAAUUGAGGUAUUUCAAUGUUCUGACGCUAUAGAAGAAUUGGUGAGACAGAUUGAGGAACAACAGAAGGAGGGGUGGGGAAAUUUAAGUCUCCAGAUCGAAAUUAUUUAACCAAGAAGACGGGCACUACACCUCGUUAGGUUUGGCACUGUUUAUGUACGUUUGACUUGACUCAAUGAGUGCUUUACUUAUAUUUCAUAGUUAUAUCUUAUGAGCAGAAUAGUUGUAAGCCAUAUAAGUUUGCUUAAAAUUUGAUAUCCAUUCCUUCCUGUUCCAGUAUUUUCGGGUGCC